UCGACUCAAGGGUUUCUCAUUAAUCCUUCCGGCUUCCUCUAGCUCCGCGCACUCAGGUUCCGUCCAAGCCAGGGUCCGGGACAGGGUGUGUCCCGGCGCUCGGCCAGAGACGGCCGGUGAGUAGGGCACGCAGGGUCCUGGGUCCUGGACGGGUGGGCCUGGAGAUUCUGUGCAGUGGUCGUGCCGAAACAGGUCUCGCGGGGAAUACCAGCGAGUGGCCUGGGGGUGGCCUAUCCGCAGAUCCGGCCGAGAGGUGCCUCCGCUGUUGGGACUCGGCACGGUAUCUCGCCUCCCGGGUCGGCACAGCCUAGUUCUUCGGCUGCAUUGACAGAUGUUUUCCGGCAGAAUCCCAGCAUAUGAACUGGACAUGAUCACCCAGUUGGAGGAAGAACAACUAUACAUACUGGAUCUUCAGGGAACUGAAGAGGGGACUGACCAAAAAUAUCUGUUAGAUAGGGAAGAUUUUAACUGAACCGAAGCAUCACCACCAAUCAGGCUGUUUUGGAAGAACUAGAGUUUUCUGGGUCAGCAAUGGAAAGUCUUCGAGGGAAUACCGCCCAGCAUCCUAUGGAUGAAGAAGCCUGUAAAAGUGAGGGCCAAUUAUCAAGGCAGACAAAAUGUCCUGUACAGAAGAAAUCUUUUGAGAAAAGGGCAAUCAGAAAAGUGUCAGUGUCUCUCAAGGAGAUUUUCGCUAAGGAGAGAGGCCCUGAAUCCAGUAAAUUUAAUCUAAGCUCAAAAUUUAAUACACGGCAGAGAAUUCCAAAGGGAGCUAGGUCCCCCAAAUCUAGGAAAAACUCCAAAGAUAAUUCAGACUUAAUUAAACACCAAAAACUCUUUCUGCAAAGGAAGCCUUGUAAAUGCAAUGAAUGUGGUAAAGCCUUUAGUUAUGAAUCAGACCUCAUUGUCCACAGGAGAAUUCAUGGCAGAGAAAAGCCUUUUGAAUGCAAUGAAUGUGGGAAAACUUUUAGCCGAAGUACACACCUUAUUGAACAUCAAAGAACUCACACUGGAGAGAAACCUUUCGAAUGCCCUGAAUGUGGAAAAGCUUUUAGCCGGAGUACACACCUUAGUCUACAUCAGAGGAUCCAUACUGGAGAAAAACCAUAUGAAUGUAGUGAAUGUGGAAAAGCCUUUAGCCGAAGCACUAACCUUAGUCAACAUCAGCGAACUCAUACUCAAGAAAAACCUUACAAGUGUAAUGAAUGUGGGAAAGCCUUCAGUGACCGUUCAACUAUAAUUCAGCAUCAACGAAUACACACUGGAGAGAAUCCCUAUGAAUGCAGUGAAUGCGGAAAAGCUUACAGUUGGAUCUCAUCUCUUAUUGAACAUCAGAGAACACACACUGGAGAGAACCCCUAUGAAUGCAAUGACUGUGGAAAAGUAUUCAGUCGAAGCUCAUCCCUUGCUGAACAUCAGAGAAUCCACACUGGAGAAAAGCCUCAUGAGUGUAGAGUGUGUGGCAAGGGCUUUAGUCGGAACUCCUCCCUUAUUAUUCACCGGAGAAUUCAUACCGGAGAGAAGCCUUUCAAGUGUAAUAGCUGUGAGAAAGCCUUCAGUCAGAGUUCAACUCUUAUUAGACAUCAGCAACUUCACACUAAAAAGUAAUAUCUGAGCUUUCAUUAAUCUUGGCAUAAGAGCACAUAGCAUAACCUCCUAUAUAGCUGAAGAGAAACAUAUACUUGUUUGAAUUUUCCUUUCCCACUAGCUAUAAGCCAGUUUCAAGCUAGCCUUCCUUCCUUUACGGAAACUAAGUGGUCAGGUGAGUGAUCAUUUCAACAAGGCGGGGAUGAACUUUAAAAACCUUAAGAUAUUCAAUCUAAUAUUUUUUAGGGCUCCAGUCUUAGAAUAUACCUUACUACCUUACACCUUUUAGUCCUUCACCUUUAUCUCUUCCAUGGAGCUUUGGUCCCUGAACAACCAGUGAACCCUUUUCUUUCCCAACCACAUCAGCCCCUUUACUUGAGGAAAUCCUGUGUGUGGAUGUUUUUAGGCUUGCUGGCUCUAGUAGCACAAGAGAAACUGGCUUCAGAACAAAAAUCUACCCAUUAGUUUGGGGAUGACAAUAAUAAGGCAAAUUCAGUCUCUGGACUUAAAGGACAGUUUUUCUAUUCCUUCCUCCCUUACCUUUUUGGCUACACCAUAUUUCCCUCAAAGUAUAACCCAUAUUUCUACUAAUAUGCCUAAUUAAUCCUAGUAUUAUUUUAUCUUAUCCUGACCAAAAAUGUCCUAAAAAUCUUAUAUUUAGUUCCUACAUUAUCUUUUUAAAAAAAAAACAACUGCUGCCCUAUAUUAAAAACAUCUUUUGUUUACAGACUUCAUGUAAUGUAUACCCUCUGGUUCUGACUCUCACCGAUCAUGUAAAGCUGAUCUAUCAAGAACAAACACAGCACCUGCCUCUCAGUCCUUUUCCUACUUUACAUUUGCAGAAUUGGCACUUUUGGCUACUCUUAUGCCUUAAAAUUUGAGCCUCUGGGAUCCAUGAUUCUGUGCUGAUCCACGAAUUUUUCUACCUCCGAGCACUUCUCUGAUUAACAGUGAUUAGCUCUGUGACUUUGGGGCAAGAGUUGAACCAGAAUAAUUUCAUUUUAUUGGCUUAUAGUACUUAUGAUUAUUCAAUUAGAUUGUAAGCUUCUUAAAGAUGAAAAUCUUAUUUUAGAUCCCUACAAAACACCCCACAGUGCUGACUGGUCACUAAAUGCCCCAUAAUUAUUGCUUACCGAUUCCUCUCUAUCAUGGGUAAUCAGCCUGCUAGGGUUUAUUUGAAAUGGCCUAAUAGUUGAUUUCUUUCUCUGUGUUCCUACUGCUGCUGCUAACUCCUUGGUAAUUUGGACCUAGAUACCAGAGUGAACACACCGUUGCUGCUCUUAUCUCUGUGUCUUUAUCUAGCUGUCUUACUAAACUAUCACUUAGCUCAAAAAGAAUCUAGUUUCCCAUUGUCCCCAGGAAAAGGUUCAAACUGCUUUAACUCGAAGACUUUCCACAGUUGGAUCUAUUUAUUUAUUUUCCAUUACUCCCCAGUACAGCUGGGCAGCCCUACCCUUUGUCUCUGCCACAGCCUUUCUCUUCACACUUGGCUUCCUUUCGGAUUAUUCCAUGGCAUUCUUUUACAUGUCCUACUUUCUUCCUUGUAUUAACAUCUCUAGAAAUCUUUUAUAAAAGCCCUGCUCACAUCCUGCCUUCACUGUGAUACUUUCAAUUGCCCACCUUCUUAGAAGUCUUUUACAGUGAUGGUUUGCAUCGUUCUGCUGUAUUACACUGGAGAAGGCAGUGGCACCCCACUCCAGUACUCUUGCCUGGAAAACCCCAUGGAUGG